GUUCAGUCAAGCUUACAGUGAGCCUUCUGCUAUGUUUUGGUUUCCUUGGAUCUUGUUUCUGGUGUCUUUGGUCAGGUUGGAGGGUACAAGAGUAAGCAGAAUUAAGCAAAACUUUUACAAUCAAAGGCCUGAAGAAAAUGUUUGGCUUACCACACCAAGUUCAAACGUGUGGGGUCCUCAAACUAACCUAAAUAUCCCAACAGAGAGUUACGCAAGUACUGUGGAAGUGACUACCAAACAGCCUGUAAUUGCCAGACAGCCUGUGACUGCCAAACAGCCUGUGACUACCAUCCCAACAACUCUCAAUCCGAGAAUGAUCUGCCACCGACCGUACUCUUGCAUCAACUGUACUACUUACCGCUUGUGCAUCCCAACAAGCCGUGGAUUCGUAGAGUUCACUUCUGGUUCGUGCCCCGCAGAGCGCCCUUACUGUGACAAUUACUCAGGCACCUGUGUCAACUCUGUGGCCGUAGCAGUAAAAUGUGCGUCUCCUGACAGAACUUUUCGUUGCAUGCAAGAUGGACAUUUCCCACAUCCGUCCAAUCCAUCUCGGUAUUUCAUUUGUUCCGAUUUAAAAGCUUACGGAUACUCGUGCAAAGAGGGAUACAAAUAUUAUGCACCAUCUCAGGGAUGCAGUAAGUUCUCCUGGAUCGCCGAGCCUUUUGAUUGCUCCAACUUGAAUGCUACUAAGGUAGUUUACUCGAGUGGUGGAUCGUUUUUCGCCUAUUGCGUCAACGGACAGCCACAUUUGAUCAACACUUGUGGAGAGAACGAAUUCUUCAAUGUUACGAGCCAAGUAUGUGAAGUACAGUGUACACGAGAGUUAAUAGCCCCAGAUAACAACAGCUGUCUAAAGUACUUCAAGUGUCAAAUGAACCCCACUACACAGCUGUUUGAAAGAUUGUCUCUCUCAUGUCCUCCUGGAGAGGGGUUCAGCAUUGUUUUGAAGAAAUGCGUCUCAUUGAAUCAUCUCGUUAGUUGUAAAGAAAACUGAAUAUUAGCACUUCUACUAUUUGAUCAGAACAUGAUAAUAUGAACAACUUUUUUAAUAUCUACCUCAGGUACUUAAGUACCCCAUAUCUGUAGUAAACUAGUUUUGUUAUUUUUUAAAUGGUAACUGAUUCAGUUCAAGAAGAAGUAAGAAAAUUAUGUAAUCACGCUGAGAGAAAAUAAAAUAUUAAUUUUCA